UGAUUGGUCAGGUGCUGGGGGGGGGUUGACCAGUUCUGACCUUUGCAGAGAAGAGGGAGGCAAGAGAAGAAGAGUACCUGCUAUUUUGGGGGCAACAGACACCACCUUGUCAAUUCCAUCUAUAUGCACAUGAGCGCUAACACCAUGAUAUUCAUGGUACUGGGGGCGUCUGUUGUUAUGGCAAUAGCUUGCUUGAUGGACAUGAACGCUCUUUUGGACCGAUUUCACAAUUAUAUCUUACCGCAUUUAAGAGGGGAAGAUCGGGUUUGUCACUGCAACUGUGGCAGGUACCAUGUUCACUAUGUCAUCCCGUACGAUGGAGACCAGUCAGUGGUGGACUCAGCACAGAAUUACUUUGUCACUGACAAUGUAACUAAGCAGGAGAUUGACCUGAUGCUGGGACUAUUGUUGGGAUUUUGUAUAAGCUGGUUCUUGGUCUGGAUGGACGGGGUUCUGCAUUAUGCUGUCAGAGCAUGGCGGACCAGUAGGAGAUAUGACAAUUCGUGGUCAUGGAUUCCUAAGAUUUGUAACUUAAGGGAUUUUGGAAAACGUCACCCGCGGCAGUACGACGAUACCAGUGGAAACAUGGUUCACAUCAAGCAGAAGCUCUACCACAAUGGCCAUCCGAGUCCUAGACAUCUCUAAGGGGGCCACCCACAGACAGUAUUCUCUACCUUUAGGGGAUAUAUAGAACUCUUCUUUCCUAUUGAGGAAAAAGAAAAACACAGUGAAUUCAUUUUCCGAAACGGGAAGACAGUAGGAAAAAAGUUUUAUUUCCUUCAGGCCUUUUUUUGCUCCUGCCCUUAUCUGGUAGAGGAAGGACUUCACAUAGAAAGGGCAAAGGAAAUCUUGGACCUUGGUAGAUGUCUCUUGGCAUCUGAUUAAAGUGCUGAACUCCUGUAAAUAUGUAAAAAAACAAAAACAACAAAAAUUAUAAAAAAAAGACGUGUCUCUGAAAAUUUCAAAAAGUGUAAGGUGUGGAAACCUCAAGACUUACGCUACCUUUUAUGUGUGUCUGUAGUGUUGGAGGAGUGGAGGAUUUGAGUGUCAACUCUUGCUAAGUGUCAUGUAUUGUAAGAUUUGGUAUGGGCACUCGUAGAAAAAAAAACCCAUAAC